CUUUCUUUUCUUCUCUGCCCUCUUUUCGUGCCCUCCUCCUGCCACCAAGCUCUCUCAAUGCCAGCCGGCACCGAGCAGCCGCCAAGGUCAGAAGGUACAACUUCGUGUUCGUAUUAUAUCUGACAGAGGAUAUUGGGCCUAAGCAUAUGGGUGCUCGAAAGCAAAAGUGGACUUCAAGGGAAGAGGCUGCUCUUAGAGCUGGCAUAGCAAAGCAUGGAGUGGGAAGUUGGCGUGUGAUAUUGACAGAUCAAGAAUUUAGUUCCAUCUUGAGCUGCCGGUCAAAUGUUGAUCUAAAGGACAAGUGGCGCAACAUGAACGUAUUUUCCACUGAAUCAGGCUCUAUGAAUAAGGGAAGGACUGCCACGAAGAAGAACCGAGCUACUCCUAAGAGGAACGAUCACUCAAUGGCAAUCAGCACAGUUGCUUCUGAUGUUGAUGACGAAAUUGUUGAUGAACAGCCUAUAGCAUCAGUGUCAAGUGAAGUGUGGAAUGUUUUAAUUCCGAAGAAAUCUCGGUCAAGGCUAAACAAUAUCAUAUUGGAAUCUGUAAAGAACUUGAAUGAGCCUACAGGGUCACACAGAACUACGAUUGCUAAUUACAUAGAGGAGGAAUAUUUGCCACCUGGUGAUUUUGAUCACAUAUUGUCUGCAAACUUGAAGGACUUGACCACCAGUGGAGAACUGAUAGAGGUAAAUCGGAAUUACAGGAUUGCACCUGCACCUGGUUCAAUGUACUCUGAGGGACGAAGCCCUGAAACACUGCUGCUAGAAGACAUACAAGGAGAGCCCCAGAUGACAGAGAGCGAUGAUAUUGAAACCCUUACAAAAUCUCGAGUUGAUGCUGAAUUGGCGCAUAUGAUAACCAUGACCGCCAAAGAGGCUGCAUCCGCUGCUGCUCGCGCAGUUGCAGAGGCAGAGGCUCUCAUGGCAGAAGCUGAAGCAGCCACAAGAGAAGCAGAGGCGGCAGAAGCAGAUGCCCAAGCGGCACAAGCUUUUGCUGAAGCAGUAAGGAGCAGAAAUGUUACUGAACUGAUGGCCCAGUCUUGAUGCCGCUCCAGCCCAGGCCCAGCAUUGCCGCAGAAUGCAGAUGAUGCCGUACCUCAGACUUGAAUUUUUUGGUUGGAUUAACUGCAGCAGACGCCCUCCUUUUUCUUCUACUUCUUCAAAAAAACAGCAGCCGCGCUCCAGUUUCACCGGCCCUAUGUUUCCUGGAGCAGCAAUGCGGCAACAGCAGCGCCCCCCUCACCCGCCGAUUUUGCGUACCGUUUGUAGCAUCACCAUUCACGCUGCAUUUCUCUGUAAACGUCGAGACCCGUCGUGGCGCACGGCGGUGGUCCGACCCCCAUCGUCAUGGUCGAUCACCAUUCACCAUUCACCAUUCACGCGAUGGUCGAUCAUGGCGUGGUGGUGGUGGAAAAAGGCCGAUGGACCAGAUGAGAAACCGUUUGACCUUUAGGUGGCGGAGUCGCACAGGCUGUAUCAACCACCCCCAUCGUCGUUUCUUCCCUUUCGGUUGGAGGCAACAGCAAGUAGUGGUAGUAGGGCAACACUUUUCUCGUGUGGUCUCGGACGGAUAACAGUCAGAUUGCAAGCAAAUACGGUUCGCUGGCCGGGCGUGUGUGAUGUGGAUCUCCCUUUCUGGUGCCAAAUGAUGAUAGUACUACGGUCCUGUGUUGUUACCGUGCACGUUGGUGCCGACCUGCUUGGUGUUCCCGGCUAUGAUGCGUAGUGUGGUGUAGGGGCUUGCUUGGAAGAUGGAACAAAAUUUGUCAUGGCUGGAAUUUGCGGCGUCGAAAGGAAAGAAAAAUGGACGCCAUGAACCA